UUCUUGAAACUCUCUUGCUCUCCUGCACCAACGCCCAUAGAGAAAACCAUCGAUUUUAUGUCACAGCACACGGUUGUUGAUGGUUGGUUACACAAUCUGUCAAGUUAUCUUCUUGUCCUGUGCAGCCUCUGCACUUGUAAGAAUGGUUUUAUGAAUGCAAAUGAUGCAACAGGAGACCAUCAACUCCUGUUUCCCUGCCAACUAAAAACGCAGAUUCUUUUCAUGGACUUUGGUGCAGGAGAGCGAGUGGUUUAUAAACUUUCAGUUCCCAGCCCGAAAAGGCAGUGUCAAGCAUGGCCACUCCGAGCAAGACACCACCUGGAGCAGACCCCAAACAGCUGGAGCGGACUGGGACGGUCCGGGAGAUUGGCUCCCAGGCGGUGUGGUCCCUGUCUUCCUGUAAACCCGGCUUUGGAGUGGAUCAGCUGAGGGACGACAACCUGGAGACCUACUGGCAGUCUGAUGGAUCUCAGCCUCACCUGGUCAACAUACAAUUCAGGAGGAGGACGACUGUGAAGAUGUUGUGUAUUUAUGCAGACUAUAAAUCCGAUGAGAGCUACACACCCAGUAAGAUCUCUGUCAGAGUGGGCAACAACUUCCAUAACCUGCAGGAAGUCAGGCAGCUGGAGAUGGUGGAGCCCAGCGGCUGGAUCCACAUCUCUUUGAUCAACCAGCGGACCAACGAGCCAAUCAGCACCUUCAUGAUCCAGAUCGCCGUGUUGGCGAACCAUCAGAAUGGCAGAGACACUCACAUGCGGCAGAUCAAAGUCUACACGCCGGUGGAGGAGAGCUCCAUCGGAAAGUUCCCACGAUGCACCACGGUCGACUUCAUGAUGUACCGUACCAUCAGGUGACCUGGACUGUCCCGUGACCUGCUGCAUCGGGGUGGUUUUUUUAAAACGUCCAGAGAAGAGAAAAUAAAUGGCGGACUGUUACGCUUACGAUCGAUCACAUGAUCAAGUUUUGUCAUAUGUCUUUAUUAUUAAAGAACACGUUUCAUAUUUUUA